AUGGUAGAUAAGGCUAUGGCAGAGGAGUGGAUGGGGCGAUCGAUGCAAAGGAGCAUGGACGCAUAUAACAGAAUUAAAAUGAAUUUGACAAUUCAUGGGAAACGAGUGGAUAUUUCUCCAAAGUACAAAGAGCCGGUGGAAAGGGUUAAGCAGGUGAUAGAAGCGCUUGAUGGGAUAGAAAGAGCAAAGUCCAUUUUAUUGCUAGGAAGCGUGUCAAACCUACCGGCAAAGCGCCUGCAGGAGUACAAAGAGUACAAGAAGAUACAAAAAGAUCUUAAUGCGUACAAAAAAACUGAAAUAAUUUCAGGGCUGCUUGAAAAAAUACAGGCCCAGCUGCAGGAGACAGAGCAUUUUCUAGAUGAAGUGUGCAAAAAGAAGCUAAUACUCUCCCUACAGGGGAAAACCCAUGAAAACUGGGCAGAGUUUCUGGUUGAUAAAAAAAGGAAAAGUAAGUUAUUUGUGGUACUUGUGGAGAAGUAUGCAGAAGCACUAAUAAAGCAUAGUUUAAAGGAUGGAACGGAGGCAAUAUGCAAUAUGUCAAGUGAGAUAGAAAUUCUUGCAAAGCGCGGGUUUGUAGAUGAGCAGGUGUCUUCAGUGCUUGCAGAAGUAAAUCAAUUUAUUGGUAUGCGGCUAGUUCACCAAGUUGGAAAACAGUGCUACAUCUUUGUUAAAAGUAUUAGCUCCCCAAUAAAAAAGCUAAAAGAUUUCCUUGAAUUUUUAGAAAGCUUUUUGUCUGCAGAGAUUGGCUCUGUUAUGAAAAAGCAUAAAAUACACCAAAAGGUACAAACACAGCUAGCGCAGACGUAUACUACACUGUAUAAAGAGGCAGAAGAGCAGUUUAUUACAGGGAAAAUAAACCAAAAGAGGCUGUUAGACAGGGACAUGUUUUAUUUGAUCAGAUCUCUUCAUGAUGCAAAGAAGUUCUGCGACUUUCUAGAUGUAAAGAUAAACAUACAGAAGAAAUUAGAAGAGUUUUAUAAAAUAUCAGAAAAAAAGUGCACACAGGCAGCAUCGAAGUGGGAGGGGUUAAUUUUUUCUUUAAAUUCAAUUUCACUGAUUAAUGCACUAAAGAACAAAAAAAUUCCAGAAAAUGACGUAGUGCAUGAGCUAGCACAGGAGAUGAGAAGAAAAGUAACAAAAUCAGUUGAAAAUCCAGAGGUUAAAAAUAAGAUAGGAGAGCUAUUACGGCACAUUGAAAAAACAUCAAUGAAGGCUCGGCACUACAGCAUGCCAGAAGAGCACAGGGUGUAUAUUAUAUCAGAAUACAAAAAAAUAGUGCGAGAAAUAGGAAAUAGAUUUGGAGGGCUGGAUGAUGUAAGCGACUCACAUUUAUCAUCAAUUAUUGAGGGAUUUUUUAAUGGUCCGGUAAGAAAAAUAACAGAAUAAGUUUUAGCUAGAUAUAAGUAAAUAAUAAUGACAGAAUAUACUAUUCUAGAAAUAACCCGAAGACAACUAUAAUUCACUGUUCUACCUUUUUACAACCAGU